AUGGAGUUCUACGGCAUGACGGGUGAAAAGCUGGGGACGAUAGGACAGGUAGGAACGAUGACGGAGCUGCCUCGAUGGAAGAAGGCAUUCCUGGAAAAGCCUUCGAUAUCAAUACGCAAAGGGAUCGCUUGGGGCUACUCUCCUCCAUACGAAGACACAUCUACCCUGGUUCUCACAUCUCCCAACGCCGUCUUCAUCGACGUCAGAUUCCCGCUUCAGCCGACGGAUCCUUCCAAACCGGUGACCUCGGACCCUGCAUUCUGGGCCUUCUCAGGCACGUCCAGCACCACAUUUCAUCCCGAGUCCUCGGCCGAGGUCUCUAUGCCCUACUCGGCCCAUUCCGCGUGGAAACACGAGAUCGAUUCGAAAGGGCCGGGCAUCAGCGACGAAGGGGACAUGUUUCUCCUCCCUAAUGACGACUGUAUCGAGGUCGGCAUGAUGGAGAGUCCGCAGACGAAACGGGUCGAAAUGUACAAGGAAUACUGGACCGCGCCGGCCGCGGAACUGGGGUCUGGAAGUGUUAUCCCCCGGACGCCUUGCGUUGUGGCGCAGACGGUAGAGAGUAAGGGAGGUCACGGAGGGGCAAAAGGAACUGGGAACGGGAAAGGGGUUGUCAUUCGUAUCGGUGACUACUGUCAAGGUAUAGUUGAGCAAUGUGGCGAGGAUGGAUCGUUUCGAGGAGUGCUGGUUGAGCGGUGGCAGAAAGUGCCGGUGGAGCGAAAUCCCCUUCUCUCUUCUGACACCCUGGGCGCCCGGGAUAGCACUGCAAACCACACAGACUGGGUUAAGGACCAGCGCAGCAACACUCCAGAAGGGGAGACGUUAAUGCCCUGUCUAUGGAUCUGCGAGCACAACAGGAGGCUUGGAGACGAAGUCGUGAUACACGGUAUUGCUUGGAGGGUUGUGGAAAUGGUACUAUGA